CCCGGCGCGGGGCGGGGGUGGGUGCGGCGGGGGUCCCCGGGCGGCCGAGCGCGGAGGAAAGAGGGAAGGUGGGCUGGCGUCGCGGGAGCCGGCGAAGCGGAGCGGGCAUCGGACCGACCCCUCCCCUAAGAGACCCCGCCCCGGCCCCGGCCCGGCCGGAUGGACCCCCCCGCGGCCAAGCGGAGCCGGGGCUGCCCCGCGGGACCGGAGGAGCGCGACGCCGGGGCCGGGGCCGUGCGCGGCCGGGGCCGGCCCGAGGCGCUGCUGGACCUCAGCGCCAAGCGAGUGGCCGAGAGCUGGGCCUUCGAGCAGGUCGAGGAGCGGUUCUCCCGGGUGCCGGAGCCGGUCCAGAAGCGCAUCGUGUUCUGGUCAUUUCCACGCAGCGAGCGGGAGAUAUGUAUGUACUCGUCGCUGGGCUGCCAGCCCCCAGAGGGCGAGCACGACGCCCGGGUGCCCUUCACCCGCGGGCUGCACCUGCUGCAGAGCGGGGCCGUGGACCGCGUGCUGCAAGUGGGGUUCCAUCUGAGUGGAAACAUCCGGGAGCCAGGGGGCCCCGGGGAGCCCGAGCGCCUGUACCCUGUCUCCGUCAGCUUUGACCGCUGCAAGAUCACGGCCGUGAGCUGUGGCUGCGACAACCGUGACCUCUUCUACUGUGCCCACGUGGUGGCCCUGUCGCUGUACCGCAUCCGGCACGCCCGCCAGGUGGAGCUGCGGCUGCCCAUCUCCGAGACGCUGUCGCAGAUGAGCCGCGAGCAGCUACAGAAGUUCGUGCAGUACCUCAUCAGCGCCCACCACACCGAGGUGCUGCCCACCGCCCAGCGCCUGGCCGACGAGAUCCUCCUCCUGGGCUCCGAGAUCAACCUGGUACACGGCGCCCCAGACCCCACUGCGGGCGCAGGAAUCGAGGAUGCCAACUGUUGGCACCUGGACGAGGAGCAGAUCCAGGAGCAGGUGAAGCAGCUGCUGUCCAACGGUGGCUACUAUGGCGCCAGCCAGCAGCUGCGCUCCAUGUUCUGCAAGGUGCGGGAGAUGCUGCGGAUGCGUGACUCCAAUGGGGCACGCAUGCUGAUCCUCAUGACCGAGCAGUUCCUGCAGGACCCACGCCUGGCCUUGUGGCGGCAGCAGGGCGCCGGCAUGACGGACAAGUGCCGGCAGCUGUGGGACGAGCUGGGGGCCCUGUGGGUGUGCGUCGUCCUGAGCCCCCACUGCAAACCAGAGGAGCAGGCGAGCUGGCUCCAGCUGCUUGGCCAGUGGGACAAGCUGGACGUGUGCCCACUGGAAGAAGGCAAUUACUCUUUCGAUGGCCCCAACGUGCGGCCCACUGUGGCCCUCAGCCCAGGCGCGGAGGGGGAGGAGGAGGAGGAGGAGGUGGCGGCUGCAGGUUCCCGCCACACCGUAUUCGGCCGCGCCCUGCAGGCCGGGUCCCUGCGCUGGAGCGACGCCCACCUGCAGAGGAUCCUGGCCAGUGACUCCUACGGCCCCAGCCUCACCGGCAACGUGGGCAGCGACAAGCCGAUCUUCGACCCCCAGGGCCACCCACUGUGGCUGGGCGAGCCCUUCCCCACCGCCUGUGCCCGGGUGGACACCCUGCGUGCCCACGGGUACCCCCGCCAGGCCCUGCGGCUGGCAGGUGCCGUGGUCAACACGCUCCGGCUGCAGCGGCGACAGCAGCUUGAGACCUACAAGCAGCAGAAGAAAGAGCUGCUGCAGAAAGGCUCCACCUGCAUCACCAACACCGAAGGAUGGGUGGGCCACCCCCUGGACCCCAUUGGCUGCCUCUGCAGGGCGCUCCUGGAGGCCUGUCGCCUGGAGGAAGAGACCCUCACCCUUUACCCAGACUCAGGCCCGGAGAAGCGGAAGGUGGCCUACCAGCACGUACCUGUGCCUGGGAGCCCUGGGGAGUCCUACUUGGCGCUGGCGCUGGAGGUGGCCCUGCUGGGUCUGGGGCAGCAGCGGGCCCUGCCCGAGGGGCUGUACGCCCAGGACAAGGUGGUGCGCAACGAGGAGCAGCUGCUGGCCCUGCUAGAGGAGGUGGAGCUGGACGAGCGGCUGGUGCAGGUGCUGCGGAAGCAGGCGGGGCUCCUGCUGGAAGGGGGUCCGUUCAGCGGCUUCGGAGAGGUGCUGUUCCGGGAGAGCGUGCCUAUGCACACCUGUGCCCGCUACCUGUUCGCCGCGCUGCUGCCCCACGACCCCGACCUGGCCUACCGCCUGGCGCUGCGAGCCAUGAGGCUGCCUGUGCUGGAGACAGCGUUCCCCGCCGGAGAGGCUCACGCCAGCCCACUGGACUCCGUCAUGAGUAACCGCUUCCCCCGCUGGUUCAUCCUUGGCCACCUGGAGACCCGCCAGUGCGAGCUGGCCUCCGCCAUGCUGACGGCCGCCAAGGGAGACCCCAAGUGGCUGCACGCGGUACUGGGCUCCAUCCGGCAGAACAUUCACUCACCGGCCCUGCUCUUCAAGCUGGCGCAAGACGCCUGCAAGACGGCCACCCCAGCCGGCGCACCACCGGACACCACCCUGCUGGGCAUCGCGCUCGAGCUGGGCCUGCAGGUGAUGCGGAUGACCCUGAACACCAUGACGUGGCGGCGGAGGGAGAUGGUGCGCUGGCUGGUCAGCUGUGCCACAGAGAUCGGCCCAGAAGCCCUGAUGAACAUCAUGCAGAAUUGGUACUCCUUGUUCACCCCAGUGGAGGCGGCCACCAUCGUGGCCGUGACAGGCACCACUCAUGCCACACUGUUGCGGCUGCAGCUGGACACGGCCCGGCGGGAGGAGCUGUGGGCCUGCGCCCGCACCCUGGCCUUGCAGUGUGCCAUGAAAGACCCUCAGAACUGUGCCCUGCCCGCCCUCACCCUGUGCGAGAAGAACCAUGCAGCCUUUGAGGCGGCCUACCAGAUCGUGCUGGACGCUGCGGCUGGUGGCCUGGGCCACGCCCACCUCUUCACCGUAGCCCGCUACAUGGAGCACCGCGGCCUGCCGCUGCGGGCCUACAAGCUGGCCACGCUGGCCCUGGCGCAGCUCAGCAUUGCCUUCAACCAGGACAGCCACCCGGCCGUCAACGACGUGCUCUGGGCCUGCUCACUCAGCCACUCGCUGGGCCGGCACGAGCUCUCGGCCAUCGUCCCCCUCAUCAUCCGCAGCGUCCACUGCGCCCCCAUGCUCUCUGACAUACUGCGCCGCUGGACUCUCUCAGCACCCGGCCUGGGGCCCCUGGGGGCCCGCCGGGCUGCCAAGCCACUGGGCACCGACCGGGCGCCACUCUGCCAGCUCCUGGACGCUGCGGUGGCAGCCUACAUCACUACCAGCCACUCCCGCCUCACGCACAUCAGCCCGCGGCACUACGGCGACUUCAUCGAGUUCCUGGGCAAGGCGCGAGAGACCUUCCUGCUGGCGCCCGAUGGGCACCUCCAGUUCGCGCAGUUCUUGGAGACCCUGAAGCAGACCUACAAGGGCAAGAAGAAGCUGAUGCUUUUGGUGCGGGAGCGUUUCGGCUGAGGACCGCAGGCAGGCGGUGGCCUCGCCCCGCAGCACCCGCUCCCCAUCGGGGGCCUCAACACUGGGGGCCCACGGGCAUUUCAGUAUUAAGUCAGGGACGGAGCCCAGCCGGAGCUAGGGGGUCUUGCCUGCCCGCCCCCCAAGCCUGGAAGGAGGUAGGAGGUAGGGGUCCUGCCACGUGUGUGCCUAGCAGUGUGCAAGCAAGUGUUCGAGACUCGAGGAUCAGAAGCCAUACCACCACCCAGAGGCCUGGAAGAGGGUGUGAGCUUGGGCAGCUGGUAUGACCCCACCUCGGGCACCCCAAAAGCAAUAGGCAAGCACCACCUCCCCAGAGUUGUAGGUCUGCCUUGGGCUGCGCUGGGCCAUGGCCGGGGCUGGGAGGCAGGACUUCCAGCAAUGGGCUCUCCAGCUCAGUGCAGCACACCCUCCCUGCACCCCGCCCAGGGUGGCCAGGGGGCUUGUGUUAGGGCGUUUCGAUCUCCUUUUGUACUCUCUCUGCCUCAGGAGCCCCAUUCCACAGCCCUGCGCCCCCUCCAGGCUGCCCAGCUGGACCAAUGGCCCACCCCCACCGAAGGAUUUGAAGAGGCCUCAGGCCUCAGCCACAUACCUCACCCCAUCCGGCCAGGACUCCCAUUCCUAUAGGUGCCAGGGUCCCAGGGCGGGCUGGGGGUCACUGCUGCCCCUCCCCUUACCUGUCAGUCACUGGACAUACAACUCAGGAACCGAGCCAGGCUCACACUGUCCUCCAAAGCUGGUGUUAGGAGACAAGCACAGGCCAGCCAGGGGCCCCAGCCCCAACCGGGUCUGGGCUUCUGGCCCUGGCCCUCUCCUGCCUCCCUGCCGCCUCCAUCUCUCCCCCUCCCUGUAUCUCCCUCCAUUCGGCCUGCCUUUCUGUUUGUGUCUCCCAGCCGCUCCCCUCUGUCUCGUCUCCUCUUGUAAUUAAGGACAAAGGAUCACAUCAUUUUGUAACUCGUUUCUAUUUAUUGAACCAUAUAUUGUAUUUUCCUUUUUUUUUUUUUAAAGAUUGAACACAGCG